UCGAAAAUUUCCCCAAAUUUCGAUCAAAUUCUAAAAUCAUUCCGAAAACCCAUAAAUUCUUUUGGAUUUUGAAAUUGGGUUUUUGCAUAUGGGAUCUGGAUUUUCAUCUUUGCUUCUUAUGUGCAACAGUACAACCACUGCUCCGAUGGUCUCGUCGGAGCCCAGUCUCGGCGACUUGCCGGAAAGUGUGUUGGGUUCUGUUCUUGUUUACUUAAAUCCACAAGAGAUCUGUAGGCUCGCAGCUCUCAAUCGUGCUUUUCGUUGCGCAUCGUCGGCUGAAUUUGUGUGGGAAUCGAAAUUGCCGAAGAACUAUGAUUUGCUUAUAUCGAGAGUGUUUGAUAGCAACAGAUUCUCUUCGAAUCUCUGUAAAAAGGAAAUUUAUGCGAGGUUAUCUAGACCUAAUCCCAUUGAUGGCGGCACAAAGAAAGUUUGGUUAGAUAAGGGAACGGGAAAAGCGUGUGUGUUGAUAUCUUCCAAUGGAUUAGCGAUAACGGGCAUCGAUGAUCGUAGAUAUUGGAGCUGGAUUUCUACCGAAGAAUCUAGAUUCCUUUCCGUAGCUUAUCUCCAACAAAUUUGGUGGUUUGAAGUUGAUGGGGAGGUCGAGUUCCCUUUCCCCUCCGGAACCUACAGUCUCUACUUCCGCCUACAACUCGGGCGGUCCAGCAAGCGGUUCGGGCGGCGGGUCUGCAACUCGGACCAUGUCCACGGCUGGGAUAUAAAACCCGUGAAGUUCCAACUCUCGACUUCCGAUGGUCAAAAAGCAAUAACUCAAUGCUAUUUGAGCGAACCCGGAAAAUGGAACCUUUAUCGAGCUGGUGAUUUCGUCAUCGAGGAUUCAAAGGUACCGAUGAAGAUCAAGUUUUCGAUGACGCAAAUCGAUUGUACACACACUAAAGGUGGACUGUGUGUGGAUUCAGUUCUCAUAUGCCCCAAAUGAAGAUUUGGUCUUCUUUGUUUUGUUUCUGAGUGGAGGUUAGAAGCAACUUUUUUGAUUUGCAAGUAACCUUUUGUUAGUAGGAUGCAUUUGUAUACAGUGUCAGGUCCAAACGAGAAGACAGUCAAUUUGUGAGAAGACGAGAAGUUCCAAGAUCAUAACAUGAUUAUUGGUGAUAUAGACACCUAAUCAUAUGUGAUUAAACACAUGUUAUGCUGACCGGCAUAUAAUUGGCGACUACGUGUUUAUUUAAUCAUGUAUGAUUAAAUGGUCGUAUCAUAUUUAAUCAUGUGUGAACUUGAAACUUCUUACAUUCUUGCA